CCGGCGUCGAUUUUCAUUCGCGCACGCACAAGCUCCCAACAGAGCCGGCUGCCCCGCUGUCGCGGGAAGAGAGUCGAGACGUCUCCGGCCUCGACGACGAUGAUGCGGCACGCCCUGGGCGUCCUCUUCGCGUGCGCCGGCGCGCUGGCGCUGGACGAAACCGCGGGUUCGGACGUCUCCGUCAGCGCGCGCCUCGUGCUGGCCACCGACUUCGACGCGGCGACCUUCAACGCCGACUGGUACGCCCGCGUGCCGCUGCGGCGCGCGCUCGCGCGCCUCGUGUCCGACGAGGCGCGGGGCGUGUGCGUCCAGUGGUGGCAGGACUGGGAGGACUGCGUGGCGGACCCCGUCGCGGUGCCCGACGGCGCGGGCCACGCCGUCGACGUGACGGUGCGCGCGCGCGCCGCGGGCGCCGUGUCGGACGCCGAGGCGGAGCGCCGAUACCUGACGUUCGUCCGCGACCGCGCGACGGCGGCGGCGGCCGACGGCUCGCUCGACGCGACGAUCCGCGCGACCGCGCGCGAGGUCGGCGACGCGCUCGGCGAGCGCGGCGUCGAGAUCUGGCAGCGCGACGCGGCCGCCGUCGACGGCGCCGCGUCGCGCGCGGCGCUCGCGCGCGCGGAAGUGGGCGUGCGUCGCCUGCUCGAGCCGCUGAACACGCCGCGCGCGCCGGUGGCGGCGUCGUACUCGUUCUCGUACUCGUUCUCGUACGACAUCAUCUACGACGUCUCCUACUCGUUCUCGUACUCGUUCGAGACGAUGGCGCCGACGCCGGCGGCCGUCGCGGCGGUGUCGCUCAACAUGGGCUACACGAUGGCGCCGCUCAGCGCGAGCAAGUCGCCGGCGUGGGUCGACUUCUGGGCCAGCGAGACCUACUACGGCUACAUGGGCGACGAGGAGGAGAUGACCACGCACGCGUACACGAUGGUGUCGGUCGCGUUCGGCGCAGACUCGGUCUUCGGCGAGGUGACCACCGACAGCGUGGGCGCGACCAUCGUCAUCGCCGAGGGUCCGAACCCCUGCGUGCUCGGCACUAGUACCAGCCGAGAAGAAUACGACGGGUGUCUCGAAGACAACGGCAUCAGCGGCCGCCGCCUGGACGAGAGGGAGCGUGCGACGCCCGCUCGCGCGUCGCGGAGGCUCGUCGUCGCUGGCGACGACGAAAUCGACGAAGUCUGCGGCCCGGCGUGCAACGUGGACGACGGCUCGGUCACCGACGACGCUUCGAAGCUGGUCGUCGGCAUGGAGAUCGAAACGGACCUCGAGGCGGAAGAGAUUUCCGCCGGCGUCGGCGCGGCGACGGAUUCUGUCGUCGCGGCCGCCACGGCGGACUGUUCGUGCUCCGAAACCGAUUGCAACGCGCUGGCGUGCGCGUUUUGCGACGCUUCGGGCGACGCCGCGUCCGAAGGUUGCGAAGAGGCUUUUGUCGUUUCAGACGUCGAGGUGGCGUACACGGUCGCGUUCAGUAACGACACCAACGUGACGACCACCUACGAGAUACUCGGCUCCGCCACGUUCUCGGGCAUCUCGUACGACGAGGCGAACGAUGCCUCGGCCAAGGCCGUCUUUCGGGACGCGAUCGGUCGCCUUUCGGCCAAUAUCACCGAGAACCGCGUGACUCUCACGCACUUGGAGGCGUUAGCGCGCCGACGCCUCUCGGACGGCGUCGUGGUCGACUUUAAGAUUAGCGUGACGGCCGCCGAGAAGGCCGCCGUCGAGGACGACCUGCAAGCGGCCAGGGAUGACCCGAGCCUCCUCGAUGCGGCCCUCAAGGCGGCCGCCGCGGAUAGUGCUGAUCCUACGAUGGUGGAUGUAUUCGCCAACAUCAAGACGGAGAGCUUCGACCCCGACAUCGACAUCGGCGCGGCGACGCCGGCGCCGACGACGCUGGGCUUCUUCAAUCUGUUCUACCAGGCCUGUGUCACGGGCGGCGAUACGUACCCGUUGGGGAGGCGCUUCUCGAACUUGUACUGCCAAGCCGUCGCGCCCGAGUUCGCGGCGCACGAAGAAGAGCACGGCCCUAUGGGCACGCCGAACGCGCCGCGACCGAGUCCCAGGCCGACGCCCGCGCCCGUCGUGCAGCCGCCGGGAGCGGGCGUCCCUACCUAUAUGCCGUCGUCGAGCCCGACCUUCGUCCCGACCAAGGUCCCCAUUUCGGCGCCCACCUACGUACCGACUCCGGCGCCGAUCACGCCGUCGUAUAAACCGACGACAGCACGGUAAUCGGCGCCUCCCUCCUCCCUCCCCCUUCCUGUCCCCCCCUGCCCGCCCGACCCCCCGCCGAAAACGUAAUGGUGAUCGUGAUGGAAC